ACAACGGAACAUAGCUACUUUAACACCCGCCCAUCUCUGUUCCUGUGUCCAUUUCCAUAAUGGGAAGAGCACCUUGCUGCGACAGGAAUGGCCUCAAGAAAGGUCCCUGGACCCCUGAAGAAGACUCCAAGCUCAUUAAUUACAUUCAAGCUCAUGGCCCUGGCAAUUGGCGCACCCUCCCCAAGAAUGCUGGUCUUGAAAGAUGUGGCAAGAGUUGCCGACUUCGAUGGACUAAUUACCUCAGGCCCGACAUCAAGAGAGGGAGGUUCUCCUUCGAAGAAGAAGAGAUCAUUAUCCAGCUUCACAGCAUAAUGGGAAACAAGUGGUCGGCGAUAGCUGCUAGAUUGCCUGGAAGAACCGAUAAUGAAAUAAAGAACUACUGGAACACCCACAUACGAAAGAGGCUUCUUCGAAUGGGAAUCGACCCUGUUACUCACGCCCCACGACUCGAUCUUCUCGAUGUAUCCUCCAUUCUUGGGUCGGUGUUGGGGAACACGUCGCUCUUGAAUCUGCAGGGCUUGUUGGGAGCUCAGGCCUUGAUGAAUCCUGAAUUGUUAAAAAUGGCCACCACUCUGUUCUCGUUGAAGAACGAAAACCCAGAAAUGGUUUCACAGAAUCUACAACAAAUGAUCCAACCUGGCCAUUCUCAAGUUCAAGCACAAACCCAAAUCGAUCCCGCAUUAGCACAAUUCAAUAGCCAGUUUCAGAUGCCAAUGGAAAACAACAACGCGGAAGGAUUCCCUGGGGAUUUUCAAACCAUGGGAUUUUCAGAUUCCCAAGUUCCAUCCUACAUGGCGGGCAACCUUGAUCUGCUGCAACAAAACCAAGCUGAAUUUCUGGGGGAUCCUACUUUCCCGCAAAACAUGGGCUAUGACUCUGUUUUUUCGACGCCAUCAUCAAGUACAACCCCAUUGAACUCAUCAUCGACGCAUGUGAAUAAUAGCAGUGAAGAGGAGAGAGAUAGCUAUUGCAGCGACUUGUUCAAGUUCGAAAUUCCAGAGAAUUUAGAUCUUAGUAACUUGCUGUAAAUAUAUUUCUUUGUAAUCUCAUAACGGGCUGCUCUGCUGCUCCCUGCAGCUUACUGGCCUGCUGAAGAAGCAUGGGGGAUUUUUUUUUUUUUUUUUUAAGUUUGGGAACCGUAUGUUUCUAUAUUGAUUUCUUGGUCUAGCUUUCUUUCCCCAGUUGUCGAUAUUAUUUUGUUGAUAACAGGAUUUUUUUGUACACGAGUUUAA